GGAACGGGAUGCUGCGGAGGCGGGCCCCGGAGGAGGACAGUGCUGUCCUGAUCGACCUGGGCCCGGGGACGGAGAAGGGGGACUCCUACGGGAGCACUGCCAGCACCUCGCAGCCGGACGAACACCAGGCGGCCACUUGCAGGGCGGGGAACCCUGCCAAGCCCCGGAUUGCAGACUUUGUCCUUGUUUGGGAGGAAGACCUGAGGCCGGGUCAGCAGCAGGACAGCACCACCCGGGACAAGACAGACACACACAGGGCCUGGCGGGAGACCUUUCUGAAUAACCUUCGUGUGGCUGGGCUGGACGUGGACCAGCGCCACGUCCAGGACGAGGACAGUGCUGUGCACUACGCCCUCCUCAGCGCCCCCUGGGCGGUGCUCUGCUACUACGCGGAAGACCUGCGCCUGAAGCUGCCCCUGCAGGAGCUGCCCAACCAGGCCUGCAACUGGUCGGCCGGCCUGCUGCAGUGGCUGGGCAUCCCCAACGUCCUGCUGGAGGACGUGCCUGACGUGCCCCCCGAGUACUACUCCUGCCAGUUCAAAGUGAGCAAGCUGUCGAGGUUCCUCGGGAGUGACAGCCAGGACACCUUCUUCCCCUGCACCAACAGGCACCAGAUUCUGUUCGAGAUCCUGGCCAAGACCCCGUAUGGCCACGAGAAGAAAGGUCUGCUGGGGGUCGACCAGCUGCUGUCACAGGGCGUCCUCAGGGCGGCCUUCCCCCUGCACGAGGGCCCCUUCAUGACGCCCCCCGAGGGCCCGCAGGCCCCUGGCCUCAACCAGCGGCAGGUCCUGUUCCAGUACUGGGCCGCCUGGCGUAAGUGGUGCAGGUACCAGCCUCUGGACCAUGUGCGCAGGUACUUCGGGGAGAAGGUGGCCCUCUACUUCGCCUGGCUCGGGUUCUACACGGGCUGGCUCCUGCCAGCAGCCGUGGUGGGCACACUCGUGUUCCUGGUGGGCUGCCUCAUGGUGUUCUCAGACACACCCACGCGGGAGCUGUGUGACAGCGCCAACAGCUUCGAGAUGUGCCCGCUGUGCCCCCACUGCCCCUUCUGGCCGCUCUCCAGCGCCUGCGCCCUGGUCCAGGCCGGCCGGCUCUUCGACCACGGCGGCACCGUCUUCUUCAGCGUGUUCAUGGCGCUGUGGGCCGUGCUGCUCCUGGAGUACUGGAAGCGCAAGAGCGCCACGCUGGCCUACCGCUGGGGCUGCUCCGACUACGAGGACAUCGAGGAGAGGCCACGCCCCCAGUUUGCUGCCCUGGCCCCCACGACAGCCCUGAACCCCAUCACCGGCGAGGAGGAGCCCCACUUCCCCAAGAGGAGCCGCACACGCCGGGUGCUGGCCGGCUCCGUGCUGGUGCUGAUGAUGGUGGCUGUGGUGGUCAUGUGCCUCGUGUCCAUCAUCCUGUACCGCGCCAUCAUGGCCAUCCUGGUGUCCAGGUCGAACAACACCCUCCUGGCAGCCUGGGCAUCGCGCAUCGCCAGCCUCACAGGCUCCGUGGUGAACCUGGUCUUCAUCCUCAUCCUCUCCAAGAUCUACGUGGCCCUGGCCCACGUCCUGACCAGAUGGGAGAUGCACCGGACGCAGACCAGGUUCGAGGACGCCUUCACCCUCAAAGUGUUCGUCUUCCAGUUCGUCAACUUCUAUUCCUCACCCAUCUACAUCGCCUUCUUCAAGGGCAGGUUUGUGGGGUACCCAGGCAGCUACCACACCUUGUUUGGGGUCCGAAACGAGGAGUGUGCGGCUGGAGGGUGCCUCAUCGAGCUGGCUCAGGAGCUCCUGGUCAUCAUGGUGGGCAAGCAGAUCAUCAACAACGUGCAGGAGAUUCUCGUCCCGAAGCUGAAGUGCUGGUGGCAGAAGUUACGGCUUCGGUCCAAGAAGAAGGUGGGGGCUUCCGCAGCUGCCAGCCAGGCGCCCUGGGAGGCGGACUACGCGCUCCUGCCCUACGAGGGCCUGUUUGACGAGUACCUCGAAAUGGUGCUGCAGUUCGGCUUCGUCACCAUCUUCGUGGCCGCCUGCCCACUGGCGCCGCUCUUCGCGCUGCUCAACAACUGGGUGGAGAUCCGCCUGGACGCGCGCAAGUUCGUGUGCGAGCGCCGGCGCCCCGUGGCCGAGCGCGCGCAGGACGUGGGCAUCUGGUUCCCCAUCCUGGCGGGCAUCACGCACCUGGCGGUCAUCAGCAACGCCUUGCUGCUGGCCUUCUCGUCCGACUUCCUGCCGCGCACCUACUACCGCUGGGCCCGCGCGGGCGACCUGCGCGGCUUCGUCAACUUCACGCUCGCGCGCGCGCCGCCCGCCUUCGCUGCUGCGCACAACCGCACGUGCAGAUACCGCGCAUUCAGGGAAGACGACGGGCAUUAUUCCCAGACCUACUGGAACCUUCUGGCCAUCCGCCUGGCUUUCGUCAUUGUGUUUGAGCACGUGGUGUUCUCCAUCGGCCGCGUCCUCGACCUCCUGGUACCUGACGUCCCCGAGUCCGUGCAGAUAAAGGUGAAACGGGAGUACUACCUAGCCAAGCAGGCGCUGGCCGAGAACGAGGCUCUCUUUGGGACAAAUGGAGCCAAGGACGACCAGCCCUCAGCCUCAGAGGAGAGCCUGGGCCGACAGCCUAGGUGGCCAGAAGCCAGCCGGGCCUCCCCGGUCCCUUCCGUCUGA